UCCUUUGAGUAGAACGGAAAGGAAACCGUGUCGGAGUCCGUGCUUAAAAUCCGAAUCCGAGUUAAAUUACUGGAAAUUAUAUUGUACACAAAACAGAGUAUAAAACAUUGAAAAUUGAAAAUCGAAAAUGUUCCCAAAAAUAUAAUUGAGCAUAAUUUCAAGUGUUUGGCUCUCUCCAAUUAAAUGUUUGUCAACGACAAUGUGUCGUUGUCGUAAGCAAAGUAUCAUAUUUUGAUUAGAGGCCAGCGCCCAAUCUACUUUUAAGGGCAGACCAAUUAGAGACUAGAUUAAGCCAACACUUCGGUGAACGCUAUUCAACAACAAUAAAAAAAACGUUAAAAAGAGUGCGUGUUAACAUAGUUCAAAAAUGAGUGGCCUAGGUCCAGCAGCCUGCUGGCUGGCACACAAGCGCAUCGAGUCGUGGUCCCGCAUGGCCAAGGAACGCGUCGGUGCUGUGCGUCGCGUAACUCUUGACCGCAACUCGGCCGACGAGGGGAGCAGUGCCAGUGUCAGCGCCGGUGUCAGUUGCGCUCCAACGCUGCCCGGAAGCGAUGGUGUGCCGUCAACGACGCCACCGCCACCGCAGCCAAUGACACCGCCGCCAUCGGCUUCGUCGGUCACCUCGACCACCAGCGGCAUAGGCAGCGUAUCGGCUGGCAGUGUCAGCGAUAGCUGUGACUUGCCCACAGAUUCAGAGGAGGUGAACAUUUCAAAGGAGUCACAACCCAUUCAACCACCCACGCAGCUGCAUGGCAUUCCGGGUGUGCCCAACCAUCCGAUGCCGGGGGACGUAAUGCGGGGCCCCGCCGAGGUAUUCCACAGCCCGUUGCACUUGCAUCAUCAGAGCCGCUCUUUUCCGCCGCGUCUGCAGCGCACGCCUUCCAUCUCCAGCCAGAGCAGUGUGGACAGCGCUCCGUCCAGGCAGUCGGGACAUCGUGGCUCUUCUCCCCAAAUACGCACCUUUGGACCCGAUGGACGCAGCUCGCUGCCCAGUGAGCCGGCGUUUCCCCACCACCUCGCUCGCUCGCCGAGUCCCAUGCGAACGAUUUCACUGGACGCACGCUGUGGCAGCCCGGCUUCCACUGAUGUCAGUGACUUGCGAACGCCAAGUCCUUCUCAGAGCAGUUUGGCCUCGUUGGCCAGUGCUGGACCUGGUGUCGGUGUUGGAUCAUCCGGCAGCAUGGUGAUGGGUGCAGCUGGAGGUUCUGUGGGCUGCAAGGGCGUCGGUGUUGGUGGCAUUGGAGUGGCUGGUGGUCGUUGUCUCUCCCCCUUGCUGAUACCACCGCGAGCUCAACCUGGCGUCGAUCCAACUGUGGGUCCCGCUUCGCCUCUCGGCGCCCUACAGCCCGAUCUCUAUCGUAUGCCUGAUGGACCAGUCUACUUGACGGCUCCGGGAACUAGCCAUGCAGUAGGUCGGCUGCACCUACGGGUUAAAUACGACUAUCAUCUCUUCGAUUUGACAGUUCACUUGAUUGAAGCACACAAUCUGAGCCCCAUUGAGGAGGGCGGCUUUCGGGAUCCCUAUGUGCGCCUUAUGCUACAACCUGAUGUGGACAAUCGCAAACGUCAGACGCACAUACAUCGUGGGGAAUCCAAUCCUUACUUUGAUCAGCACUUCAAAUUUCCGGUUUCUCGUGAUCAACUGCAGGGUAAGGAAUUGGUUCUACAGGUGCUCGACUACGAUCGCUACUCGCACAAUGACAUCAUUGGAGAAGUGCGCAUAUCUGUCGAUGGUCUCGAUCUAUCCAAAUCAGUUGAGAUCUGGGGCGAUUUGUUGCGCACUAAAAAGCCCAAGGAGGAUCGACCUGAGCUCUUGUGCUCUUUGAACUAUCUGCCACAGGCGGAACGCUUGACCAUUGUCAUAAUGAAGGCAAGAAACUUGGAUACGCUGACAGAGCCUUAUGUCAAGAUUUAUCUUAUUCAAAAUGGCAAACGCAUUAAGAAGAAGAAGACAAGCAUUACCAAGUCCGAUGACCCCACCAAUCCCAUCUGGAACGAGGCGUUUACUUUCAAUCUACAAUCAAAUUAUCUACACAACUCUGCCAUCGAGAUCUAUGUGGUUGGCGCUGGCAGCGAAGCAACGGAAAUUGGAUGCUGUGGCCUUGGGCCACAGGAAAGUGGCACGGGCUGCCAGCACUGGCAUGAUAUGAUUAACAAUGCACGCAAGCCGACGGCCAUGUGGCACUACAUCCGCUAGGCCAACUAGCUGGGGAGUAGCAACGUUGAGAAAUUGUUAAACAAACAUCAGGCAACAGCAGCAGUAGCAGCAGCAACAGAAGCAACAGCGAAGAUGAAGUUGCAAGCUUCUUUAAGUCUAUGCCAAAAUAGUGUGCACUUUAAGCCAUAUCUACGCGUAUAUACCAAAACUUGCAGUAUGUACGUUUUUUAUAUACUCGUACUUGUGUAUGGCACGUCUGUAUUAGCUUGUAGCAUUUUUUUGCAAAUACUUUAUAAUUUGUUAGGCUAGUUUCCUUCGUACUUAUCUAAUGCUAAUGAGAAAUGCACAAGCUCAAUCAAAAGUUCCUAUGACAUACUUACAAACGAAUGAAUGAAUGCUUAAGCGAGCAACCGAAUUGUAUUUAUGAUGUUCCGGGGUUAAGUGCGUGUUGUGUUAAGGAAAUCCCCUUUAAAAAAUUUAACAUACAAUAGAACUACAUUUUAACGGUAUGUUGUCCAUUUAUACACUGAAUGAGUGAACGAAGUGAAGGAACUGUGAGUAGUACACACGUACAUAAUAUGACUAGAAGAAGCACAACAGUCAACCGAGUUGUUGACAUUUCAGUCGCCUUUGACGCAAAGAACUCAAGUGUGCAUUUCUUAAAUAAUUAUGAAUAUAAAACAUUUCAACAACGUUUCCUUUCGCUGAAUGCUCGUCAAUCAUACAGCACAGCCCCAGACUAACCCUCACAGUCGCCUCAAGAGGUAUGUUAGGACGACUGACUGACGGCGGAGACAAGAGGGACUCUUUGUAUUGGCGACAGUUGACAAAUUGCUGAUGUUGUCCUUUUCAAUGCGCCAAUAUAAUACGUAUACACACACGCACACAAUAUAUGUAUGUAUGUGAAUUUGUAUUUAAGUGUGUGUGUGUGUGUGCAGCGAGCGUUAAGUGAGUGUGUGUGUUUGUGUAAAGAAAUUAUAGAAAUCUUAGCAGAAAAUAACGCCAAUAGCUUAUGCUAAUUAUUUAAUUAAAUGUUCCUUCCAUUGAUUAUUGAAUACGAAUGUUCAUCUGCAAAAACGGAGCUAGCACAAGAGUUAUCAAUAAUUGUGAAUAAACUACAACGAUAAUUACAUUACUUCAUAUUUCUUCUAAAACUUAUACUGUUAGAUAUAAAUAUUAACAGUUAUAUACACACAUGUAUAUCGUAUAAGAUAAACUCUUUUCCAUUUACUUCUGAAAUAAAUAAAAAUAUAAUUCCUAUGUAUUUUUCGAUAUAUGGAGCAGGCAUCAUGUACGUAUACUGCCAAAGCUUACUGUAAAGUGUACUAAAUAUGUAAAAUACACUAAAUGGAACAAUAUGUAUAUUAAUGUAUAGUACGUACAUUCAUUUCCAUACAUAUACAUAUACAUAUACAUAUACAUAUACAUAUACAUAUACAU